AUGGGCGCUGGAAAUACGUUUGACCCCUUUGGCCAGCUAGUCCUCAAGGUCCAACCCAUCGAAUCGAGUGUAGAAGCUCUAACUUUCAAGGCUUCCUUUCUAAAGCGGUCUUGCAAUGGCGAUGACCUUAGAUCCUUGCUUCUGUCGACUGAAAGGGUUUCCUUCAAGGACACCUUUUCUGACUCAUUGUACCACCCACCACGUUCCAUCGGAAUUUCAUUUCGACCUCCCCGGAAUAAUAUCAAGUUUUAUCUCUGCAUUAUCGUGGUCGCUGCCGCCCUCAUUGUGAUGAUCUGUCUGACUGCCAUUGGCUUUGGAGGAAGAAAACAUACCAACACAGCUGCCACCCCAAAUCCGAAUCCAGACUCCGAUCCAAGCUCAAUUCCACCCCGAGAGCGGUUUACAUCAACUGAGUACCGUGCUAAUUGGACAAACCCUGAUGUGGACGUCCCUCAAGUAGCUUACGAUGUCAUCCCGCCUGUGGAUUCAAUCAAUGGACGCGGUCUUGGAUGGAGUGUGCUUUUUAUUCAUGGACUUGGUGCUCUUAACGCUUCAGACGGCUAUCGAUGGCGUGACAUUUUGCUUUCAAACUACUCUGAGCCCCAGCUAACAGGGAAUUCUUUUGGGAAUUUGACCGGGGUGAAAUUUAUACUUCCCAAAGCGCCCAUCCGACCCAUUACUGUCUAUGCCGCACAAGAGAACCGAGGAGCACGUCCCGGUUGGUUCGACAUCAAAGACUGGCGAGACCUACAUUAUUUAGAAGAUGAAGAAGGACUGCGCCAAAGCGUCAUCGGACUCUCCACCAUCCUGAAGAAUGAAGCACUUGCAGGUAGAAUUCAAUUAAAUCAGACCAUUAUUGCGGGCUUCAGCCAGGGUGCAGUGAUGUCCCUUUUGCUAACGCUAACACUACCGCAACCACCGGCUGCUUGUGUUAUGAUGUCAGGAUAUCUACCCCUACCUCUUCGUUUAGUUGACUUAAGAUCAGCCUCAUUAGAUGAAUAUAGGAAAACUUCGCUUUACUGGCUCCAUGGUACAGAUGACGCGGUAUUGAAUUAUAAUCAGGCGCGGGCUGGAAUGAAAUUGUUCAGCUCUCUCUUUUCGGAUAGAUUCCUGAGAGCAAAAUUCAAGACUUUCCUCGGCUUAAAACAUGGGUUCAACAUGGGCGAGCAAAAGGUUGUCACAAAUUACAUUGACGGGAUAGUCUCCCGAAGCACUAGUGGCUCUUUUGAUUCUUCUUUGGACGCGUCAGUCGAACCUGAGAACGAAGGCGAUGUGAUUCAGUUUAAUACCACCUCUUGAUCAAUUC